UUGGCCAUGAGACCCCUGUUGCUGGUAGUGUUUGCCGCUGUUCUGGUGGUCGUCUUCGCAGAUAAUAAGAAGGAGACGGACGACACCGGGGACAACAGCAUCAACAGUGUCGACGACGGUGAUGAUGGUUGGAACGCGGUGGACGAAGACGACGGAAAAGAUAAGAAAGACAAAAAGGAUGAGAUGAAAAAGAAACGUCCCAAUGUAAGAGAUCGCGGUGAUGUCAACACUGAUACUGCUGAUGAUGACAAGGACGAUGAUGGCGACUCCAAUGAUGCUGGGCGCGAUGACGAAGCAAAUACCAAAACGGAUUUGAAGCACACAUCAGAUUUGGAGAAAAAACACCCGAAUGACCUAUAACACGAUGUUGGUCC